CUUGGUCUAUUGAAUCCUGACGAUCAAGCUUCGGAAAACAAUGGCAUAAUGACGCGGAAUAUAGAUCAGCGACUGAAAAAAAACUCCUCACUACCCCACAAAGUUGGAAAUACUUUAACACACUUCAGAACAUCAUGGUUUCGCAUAACUUUGCAGUCAAAUAUUGCUGUCAACAUAUAUGCCAAGAAGAUUAAAUUGGCCGUUUCCCCCCUCUGCUUGCUUGAAUGGUACGAUCCGUAGUUUUAGCCAAUCAGAGUCGUGGUAGGGUAUUUUUGGCGUGACGUCACGACUCAGCGCGAGGACGGGAGAGUCCGGAGUUCGAGUCCCUGGACAGGACCUGUGCCUGCAGAGAACUCUAACUUUACACAACUCUACCAGCGUCCAGCUGCCAAACAAGCCCUCAUUUUUGCAGGAGACGGGUUCGCGAGGACAACUUGUCGUCACUUGUUGAAUAUUUGGCUCCCCGGGCUGGCAGCAGUCUCGGUUCGGGAGCGUCGCGGGUGAAAAGCUCGCGGGGAGAUCAGGCCCAUGUUGGGCCGCGGUGAGCAGGACGUCCAAGCAAGCAGGAGACCACGCUCCGUCGUCUACAGCAGGCAGGACGCCAACAUUCAAGUGUUUUCCUGAGGAUGUGUUAUCGUACUAACUCCUUACCUUCCCCUGGAUUGAUGGUUACCUGAGUUAGCUCGUCAAAGAAGUAUCCAAAAGGACGGUAGGCGCGCUGCGAGGGAAAAUCCACGCGGAAAGUUUAUGGCAUAAACAAGAGAAGUUGCUCCCUCCAGCAGGCGUUGUCGUGUCGCGGUCUCGGGGCGUCCAUGGCUGCUGCGGGAGGCUUGGUGUUGUUCCUGGCGGUGGUGUGGCUGCCCGGCCGGCCAGCCGAGCCCCUCUGCCCGGCAGACACAUGCUCGUGUAGUACCUCGUUCCGCACGGUGAACGGGAGUAGGCAGGCGGACGGCAGGAAGGUCGAUUGUUCCCGGCGAGGUCUGGACGGGCCUGACCAGCUCAACCAUUCACAGAUACCCAGGGACAUGACACUCUUGAACUUACAAGGGAACGACAUUGCCGUCUUGAAGGAAGGCGUGUUUACCGAGAUGCCCGUCUCCAAUCUGAGGAACCUGGACCUGAGUGACAACGGUAUCAGUACAAUCGAAGCGGGCGCCUUCACUGGUCUGGGAACACUGGAGAAACUGGACUUGUCCAAUAACCAGCUGAGUAUCAUCAACAGCAGUAUGUUUAUUGGUCUGGAUGGGCUGCAGAGACUAUUUCUACAAGGAAACCAGAUCAGGACAUUGGUGGAGGACACUUUCAGCUCUCUGCGCAACAUUAAGAUGAUAAACUUGCAGUCAGACUGGUUGAUCUGUGACUGUCACCUGAAGUGGUUUCUGAAGUGGACGAAGAAGAAUAAGAUACGACUGUCCGAGAGCACAGUCUGUGCCUUCCCUGCUUCGGUCAAGAACCAGCGUUUCAAGAAGCUACGCCGCAGCCAGCUAACCUGCGAUCAGCGAAUUGACCUGCCAGUAUUUCGGGUGACCCCAUCCACCAUGCAGCUGGUCAUACAGGGCGACCCGCUCCCCUUCCAGUGCGAGGCGUCCAACAUGGGGGCCUCCAUGCGCAUACGCUGGCUGCGUAACGGGAAGGAAGUGGUCGCCAACCGCUCAGCCGGCAUCCACAUCGAGACGGCGCCGGCUGAAGGGGAGACACUGAUCAGGAGUUUGCUGACCGUGGAGAGGGUGAAGAUGAACGACUCGGGGGUCUGGCAGUGCGUGGUCGCCUUCCCGUACGCCAACGACACGCGGAACGUCAGCGUGAUGGUCAUCAGUAACGAGCCUGUGUACUGCGAGGAGGAGACCAUCCGCAACAACAAGGGCAGCUUCACCUGGCCGCGGGUCCUGGCCGGCGUGCCCAUAUCACUGCCGUGCCCCCAGGGAGGGGGGACGGGGUACGCAGGAGGGGGCAGGGGGCCAGUCGCUACCAGGAGGUGCACCAGGGAGGGGCAGUGGUACGAGCUGGACGUGUCGCAGUGCCAGUAUGUCAACGAGAUCACCAGAGUGUUGGAAAUGUUCACUAAGGAACCAGUGAACACCACCAACGUGCUGAGGCUGGCCAACCAGCUGAACACGUACAUGAGCGAGGCCAAGAGCUCCCGAGACAAGAUGGACAUCAUCUACACCUCUAACCUGAUGGACAAGUUUGUGCGCUUCACUGAGUCUAACAGAGAGCUGGGAGAGGUGCUGGUGGACAUCGCCAGUCACAUGAUGGACGUGGAUGGGAAGACCCUUUGGGAGAGCCAACAGGUGGCACGGGCAUGUAGCAGAAUUGUCCAGUGUCUGGAGAGACUGGCCAGCCAAACCCUCACUAACAAGAACAAGGGGAUCAGAAAGUUGUCUGCUAACAUCGCCAUGGAGGCCUUCAUGGUGAAGCCUCAGAGUUUUAUUGGGAUGACGUGUUCAGCGUACUCACAGGACAGUUCUCCAUACACCGAGCUGCACUUCAAGUGCAACUCUGGCAACAUCACCAACUUACAACUUGGUGGGAAAAACAGGGUCCUGGAGGCAUCCAUCCAGAUUCCACCCUCAGUGUUUAACCGCGUGGUGUCCCGGAGGCCCAGGAAACAGAGCGACAGCUUCAAGCUGCAGUUUGUGGUCUACAAGAACGGGAAACUGUUCCCCAGUACCGGCAACUCCACACACCUGGCCGACCAGAAGGGCAGGAGGACUGUCGUUACCCACGUCAUAUCCAGCAGAAUAGAUGGUCUGGAUGUUAAGAACCUGUCUGAGCCUGUUGUGAUCAGACUGAGGCCAUUUGCACAUGGUAGUGACAUGGUUCCCGUCUUCUGGGACUUCACAGAGCUGAACGGCCAGGGUGGGUGGAAGCAGGGUGGCUGUCAGGUCGUCAGUUCUGAUGUCAACCUGACUACUGUCCACUGCAACCAUCUGACUAACUUCGCCAUCCUUCAGGACUUGAAAAAUCCCAAUGGCGGGUGGUACCCACACCUGUAUGGACCCCUGGAGCCGCUGCAUCCUGUGGUGUAUGCUGGGAGUGCCCUCUGCAUCCUGGGAUUGCUUGCCACUCUGUUCACCUAUGUCAUCUUUAGAAGAAACAUCAAGAUCCCGAGGAGAAACUUCCACAUGCUGAUCAACCUGUGCCUGAACGUGUCGCUGGGCUGUGCUGCCUUCACCGGCGGAGUGAACCGCAUCUACAACGAGAAGGUGUGCCAGGGUGUGGGCAUCGUGAUCCACCUCAUGUCCCUCUGCACACUGCUGUGGAUCGGCAUCGGCGCCAGGAACGUCUACAAACAGAUGGCCAAGGUGGAGAUGCUGACCCCUGACCUGCAGGUCCCAGUACCCAGGCCCAUGCUGAGAUUUUACCUGGUUGGAUGGGGUGUGCCCAUGAUCAUCUGUGGCAUCACAGCAGCUGCCAACCUGCACCACUAUGGUGGGGACAAAUUCUGUUGGAUGGAGUGGGAUGCCAGCCUGCUGGCCUUCUUCGGUCCGGCCGCCCUGUUCUGCCUGGUCAACUGCUUCCUGUUCAUCCGGACCGCCUGUGCCGUGCAGACCGCGCCCACGCUGUACGAGCUGAAGACCAUGGUGGAGUCCCUUACAGAGCAGGAGCUGAGCCAGGCCCCCAGCGCCGCGGCGCAGAGCGUCCCAGAGUCGGAGUCCGCAGCGGGCACGACCGCCUCGUACCUCACCACCUCGUACAUCGACAUGGAGCACAGCUUCAAGAACCAGCUCAGGAGCAUCGUGUUCAUCAUGUUCAACUUCGUGGCCAUGUGGGCCUGCGCGGCCAUCGCGGUGUCCCAGGAGUACUAUGUGGACCUCAUCUUCAGCUGCUUCUACGGCGCGGCGAGCGCCUCUCUCGGCCUGUUCGUGUUCAUCCACUACUGUGUGACCCGGGAGGACGUCAGGCAGAGCUGGAGAAUGUGCCACUACCGAGAACCUAAAAAUAACUACCACGUCACGGUGGAACCUGCCGUGACGGCCAACGGGCACAUCCAGGGGAGUAAGGCACACUCCCUGUGUAGCCUGGAGUCCUCGCAGACCAACAGAACAGCCUCGUCUGUUCCGCAACAGGGCAACAGGCCCAAACUCACCCCCCUCCCGCUUGGGAACGGACCCUCCGUGGGCAACGGGUCGGUGGGUAACGGCAGCUUCCCCGACCCCUCUGUUCACACCCACACUCACAGCCACAGCCACAGCCACAGCAUACACAGCAGUCAGAGCCACGUGUCCAGACCAAACGGACACAUCCCCAGACACCCUCUGCACAGACCAUCAACGAGACACAGAAACCCGUACCACGAGGCCAUGAAGCUCAUGGUCAAGCGUCCGUACGGCCACGACAUGGCCACCACGCCUGAGAACAGUAGCCGGCCGGAGAGCCGGGCGAGCCAGCCAGAGAUUCGGCCUCCCAAAAAGGAGGAGGAGAAGCCAAGAAAGAGCAACGAAGACUCAGAUAAUAGAAACAGUAACACAGCUGACAGUGAUGCCAAUACACAGAAAAGUUAUGAGUCCCACACGACGGAGCCAGUCGGCCCUGCGGACAUUGAACUGGACGAUGUGAUCGAGGCCUCCCCAGAGGACGGACUGCUUGGAGAAGGGGAGUCGGAUGACAGGGUAGAGUUAGACUUCAGACCAUCAAGUUCGUCAGGGACCAUGAAAAGUACAAUGUCACUGAGGAAUGAAACAAGUGUUUAGAGCUCAACACUGUCCGGGUGAUUGUUUUGUGAGUCAGUCUGUAUUGGACAUACAUAUGUGAAUGAAUUGUCUGUAAGUGUGGAGCAUUGUUGACAGAUGUACUUGAAUUGAAAGAACUUGACACUAAAAUGUCUUGCCUUUUAUGCUGCCACAACACAGAUUCUUGUCCUCCAGAAGUAUAACUACAGUAUUGUGGAUUUCUUACUUGUGUACAGUGUACAGUCUUAAAUGUAAAUCUUAAAUGGUUAGCACCUUAUGAAAUAGGUAACAUGUACAGUUUGAGAGAAAAUAUUUUGUUUGUGCCAUACAAGUUUUAGUUUUUUAUCAAAAUUCUGUCUGUGUCUGUCGCUUUUAUGACAAUCCAGUCCGGUUUGGACACAGAUGAACAAUCAGAGGUUUUGAGUAAUAGAUUGUUUAUGAUAUACAUAUUUGUGUCUUUUGUGUGCAAUGUGCUUGCACAAUCCAAAUUCUGUAUUUCAUGUGUAUGUCAUGCGCUAGAAACUUGAGCAUAUAAGUUGAGCAUAACUUAGGUGAAUAACAUUCCUGUGUGAGUUGUAUAACUAACUUGACGCCAGUAUGUAUAUGUCCAUUCUGAUUGUACAUUUUUGUAAUGUUUAUAUGUGUCAUUAUGUUAAGACUUUUGCCCAAGAAAGCUGGAAGACUU